AAUGAAAAAAACAGUUGAAGAAGAUGAUAAAGACCAAAGCAAUGCACAGCAUUUCACUGCCCAGCUCUCGCCUCCUGUUACACUCUACGUCCAAAACUACCUCAAAAUUGGCAUGCCACGUUAGCCCUAGAAUGUUCUUCAACAACAGUAAUAAUAACAGCGGUAACAGAAAUGGUAAUUUGAAUCCAAUCAACAGCAUCUCCAAGCUCCUCUGGGGCGCAUCCCUCCCUCCUGGCCUCCUAAUCUCCUCCGUCCGUGCAACAUGGACCUCGACGUGGCAGAUCAUGAUGUCCCAACUGGCUCCCUCCGAUCCCUCCGGCGGUUACACCAGGCCUCCCUCGAAAUUCCGCCUCAAAUGCCAAAACCCAACCUCCGCAAUCACCAAGCUGCAUCUCUACGUGAGCCUCCCCUGCCCAUGGGCCCACCGAACCCUGAUCGUCCGUGCCCUCAAGGGCCUCGAAGAAGCCGUCCCCGUGUCCAUCACAACUCAUGGCUUUGACGGCUCUUGGGAAUUCAAAGAUAUCCCCGACAAGGAUAAGAGUAUGGACAAUGAUAUCCCUGUUCCAACCAUGGAUAAGGUCAACGGGUGCCGGAAUUUGAAGGAAGUUUAUAAGCUGAGAAAAGGCGGGUAUGAUGGGCGAGCCACGGUGCCAAUGCUGUGGGAUGUAGACAACAAAGAAGUAGUUUGCAAUGAGAGCUAUGAUAUUAUUGAGUUAUUCAAUUCGGGUCUGAACAGGUUGGCCCUGAACCCUGGUUUGGAUCUCUCGCCGGUGGAGUUGAAAGAGGAGAUUGAAGAAUGGAAUCGGGAGAUUUACCCCAAUGUUAAUAAUGGAGUUUACAGAUGUGGAUUUGCUCAAAGUCAAGAGGCAUAUGAUGUUGCAGUGACUGGUUUGUUUAGCACAUUGGAUAGGAUUGAUGAUCACUUGGGCAGUUCCCGAUACUUGUGUGGAGACAGAUUGACUCUCGCGGAUAUUUGCUUGUUUACUACAUUGAUUAGAUUUGAUCUUGUCUACAAUGUUUUGUUCAAAUGCACUAAGAAGAAGCUGCUCGAGUACUCCAAUCUUCAUGGUUACAUGUGCGAUAUUUAUCAGAUUCCGAAGGUUGCUGCCACUUGCAAUUUUCCAGAAAUCAUGGAUGGCUAUUACCAGUUGCUUUUUCCGUUAAAUCCUGGCGGCAUUCGGCCGGUUAUGCCCUCAGGGUGUGAGCAUAAUUUCCUCUCCAGGCCACCAGAGAGGGAAUCGAUGUCUUCAGUGGGUAAAAGUGUGCAGCAUGUUUUGUAAGUUGGUUCCCAAGUCUAAACACGUGUACGGCUUUUGACAUUGGUAUAUAAUGUUGAUUGUUAAAAUAUGGUAUUCA